ACCAUUUACCCUAUCUAAGUCUCGAACUCUCGAUCUCUUCUUCUUCUCUGCGCCGAUACUUCAACUUCCCCAUUCAUCUCCAACUCCGUCUUCAAGACGAAGCUCUGUAUGUUGUAGUUGAGCUUAAACGGGUCAGGAGCAGGAGCUGCUUCAAACCCAUAUCCCAAAGGACCCAAACUCCAGUCAUCGUCUUCUCUUUUUUCCCAGAACAAAAAGAACUGAUGGGUGUGAUCGAUGUUCAGGGCGCUCCAUCGUUCUCCAUUCAUUGUUCAGAGGCAAAUUUUCGAAAGUCGCGGGCUUUGAAGAAAAGCAUCAAUAGGGUUUAUUGUGUUCAGGCGUCAAGUGCAGCUGUAGACGAACCCAAGAACAUAACCAUGGGAGACUCUUUCAUCCGUCCACAUUUGAAACAACUGGCUGCUUAUCAACCAAUUUUACCCUUCGAGGUUUUGUCUGCUCAAUUAGGAAGAAAACCUGAGGAUAUUGUUAAGCUAGAUGCGAAUGAGAACCCAUAUGGUCCUCCUCCUGAGGUUCUUGAAGCACUUGGCAAUAUGAAAUUCCCGUAUGUUUAUCCUGAUCCUCAAAGUCGUAGACUUCGUGAUGCACUCGCUAAAGACUCUGGUCUCGAGUCAGAAUACAUCCUUGUAGGCUGUGGCGCUGACGAAUUAAUCGAUUUGAUCAUGAGAUGCGUGUUGGAUCCUGGGGAGAAGAUCAUAGACUGUCCUCCGACUUUCUCAAUGUAUGCGUUUGAUGCUGCUGUGAAUGGAGCAGGUGUCAUUAAAGUUCCAAGGAACCCUGAUUUCAGCCUGAACGUAGACCGCAUCACUGAAGUUGUAGAACUAGAAAGACCCAAAUGCAUAUUCUUAACUUCUCCUAACAAUCCAGAUGGGAGUAUCAUCAGUGAGGAUGAUCUGUUGAAGAUUCUAGAGAUGCCAGUACUUGUUGUCCUAGAUGAGGCUUACAUCGAAUUCUCAGGACUUGAAUCAAGGAUGAAAUGGGUGAAGAAUUAUGAAAACCUAAUCGUUCUCCGCACAUUUAGCAAACGAGCUGGUUUGGCGGGGCUUCGAGUUGGAUAUGGAGCGUUUCCUUUGAGCAUAAUCGAGUACAUGUGGAGGGCAAAGCAACCAUAUAACGUCUCUGUUGCAGGAGAAGUAGCUGCGUUAGCAGCACUUUCAAACGGGAAGUACUUGGAGGAUGUGAGAGACGCGUUGGUACGAGAAAGAGAGAGACUUUUCGGGCUUUUAAAUGAAGUUCCUUUCUUGAAUCCUUAUCCGAGCCAUUCGAAUUUCAUUUUAUGUGAGGUUACAUCUGGAAUGGACGCAAAGAAUCUGAAAGAAGACUUGGCUAAAAUGGGCGUGAUGGUUCGUCAUUACAACAGUAAAGAGCUUAAAGGUUAUGUCCGAGUUUCUGCUGGAAAGCCUGAACACACUAAUGCCCUCAUGGAUUGUCUUAAGAAAUUUUAUUGACAUCCACACCAUUUAUUUGUAAUUCUUAAAACAAACACACAAAAAACUGAGUUUUUCUCCUCUGUUUUUGUUUGUUUCGCUUUGUUGGAUUCAGUUUCAGAAGUAGCGUUGAGUUUCCCGGAAAAAAAAAAUAAAUGCAACAUUUUAAUU